CGCCGAUAGCGACACUGACGCUUCUGAUGAUGAUAACUAUUUUUGUUUUGAAAAAAGAAAAAAACGACCUAAGAAUUAAGUGAGAUUGAAUACAUCUUGCAACAUUUACUAAAUAUUAUCUUUCCAGUGGGAGUCCUACUUGUCAGGUGGUGAAGAAUAAUGGUUGACCGUCAGAUUCAAAUUAAUUCCGGAAGUGCCCCCCAGCAAAUUCGCGUUAGUCCUAAUUUUGGGAAAAUCAACCUGCCAGCCAGAAUAUACAUAAGGUAAAGCAUCCUAAAUAUUGUUGGUGGAGAAAAAAAUAUCCGCUUGAUGCUUGAACUUUUUUUGCGGACCGUCAAUGAGUGGAAAGAGCAAACUUGUGUUGGAUAUGCUUCAGCAUCGCGAUGAAGUAUUUCGAGGUUCUUUUUCUCGAGCUAUUCAUUGUGGCCCAUCUGCUCACGACUUCGAAUUUACAUCGCUUUUGGUUCAAGCCUUCCCUUCCAUUGAACGUCAUGAUCGGGUUGUGAGGCCAGAAGAUUUGGACCCAUACGCAGAAAAAUCCAGUCAAAAGCUUUUGAUCUUAGACGAUUUUGGAAAUGAUGCCAUGGAAAGAAAAGAAUUCAAGGCAUUAUUCGAAAUGGGAUCACACCAUUACAACAUUUCAGUCAUUGUCGUAGUGCAAAAUUUCUAUUCAACAGCGAGACAUCACACCACAAUUCUCCGCAACAUGUCUAAUAUCAUCAUUUUUAACCAUCGAGGCUCUAGAUCAGUCAUGAAAAUGAUUAGUUCAAACUUUGCGCCCAACGGAGAUUCUAAUUUCCUAACCUAUUGCUUUGCAACCUUGAACUUGCGAUUUCCAUUGAUUCGUGGAGCCCAUUACAUAAUGAUUGAUUUGGCAACGGACUUAAACCUACCGCCGGAUUUAAUGUUUCGAAGUUUUAUUUUACCAACUGAACAUCAAAUAUUAUUUUACCUUUACGUACUUAGUCGGUCUACUGCUGAUUGUUUUACAUUGAUUAAAUAAAAACCACGAACAUCAUGUAAAAUCAUGUGU